GGAAGUGCUUAUGUCAGCCAGCCGCCCAAAGCAGAGACAAGUGGAGCAGCUGCUUCUGCUAAGAAGCAGUCUCCUGUGGAUGCAUCAAAACCACCAAUUAUGAAGCCGUCUGAAACUGGGUCCGCACCGACAACCAAAGCAGGAUCUGAAAAAAACACACAGUCAAACAAGCCUACAGACUCUCAAAAUAAGCAGCUGUCUGAAGAGAAGCAAAAGGAGCCCAGUGAUGGAAAAAGCCAAACCAUACCUACUGUGACAACAGCUUCUAAACCAAAUAACACAGGAAAAGUAACUACAGGUCAGGCUGACCAGCCUCCACCUGCAGCCUCCACAGAGACAGCAAAGCAGAAGUCCAAGGAGAUGUCCACAGUGGCUGGUGCAGCUGCUGGAACAGGCACAGCUGGUGCAAGUGUGGUUGCUGCUGCUGACAAAUCAAGUACUGAGCCUGGUAUGGAUGAGUCAGCACUUGAUAGCCUAAUAGACACCCUGGGUGGACCUGAGGAAGAUGUGUCUACUAAUCCUGUUUACACUGGCCCAGAAAUUACGGAAGAUAUAUAUUCAAGAUACUUGGAAGAAAUGGGCAAACGGGAAGGUAGUCUACCUCCAGAGUAUGUUAAACUGUUGAAGAGCAAAGGAUAUGGCAAAGACGUGGUCCCACUGAAACCAAAUGAGCAAGAUGAAAAGCCAAUGACAGAUGAGGAGCUUGCAGAGGCCCUAUCAUCUGACUUCACCUGCAGUGCUGCUUCUGCUCAAGAGAAGAAGACAAGUCUGACAGAGAAACCAAAUAAAGAAGGAGAAAUUGUGCAAGCACAAGCAGCAAGUUCAGUUAAGACCUCAGUUCCUCCUAAGGAGAAGACCACAAAAUCAAAAGAGGAAAUUAAAGAUGAUGCAAUGGAUGCUCUUCUUGAUACUCUUGGAGGACCUGAACCUGAAGAAGAUCCCACCCAUAUUGUAGAGGUGUCAGAGGCAAAAGCCAAAGAGAAAAAGGAACAAAAAACAGGAGAAUGUGAUGAUACAAUACCUCCGGAGUACAGGUUAACACCAGCGUUGGAUAAAGAUGGAAAACCAAUAUUGCCGAAGCCUGAAGAAAAACCAAAGCCUUUGAGUGAAUCUGAUCUUGUUGAUGAAUUUUCAAAGGACUUUGCCUGCCCUGCACAGCCUGCAGUUCAACCCAAAGCACCAAAGCCCUGUAAUAUACCCAAAAAGCCAUCAGUUUCUAUGUCUGCAAAGGCCACUGAGGAUAAAAAGGUCCCUCGUGCCACAGCUUGCGCUGUGCUGUCUGCAGUUCCUGUAUCUUCAGGAAAACCCAUGCAGGUUGGUCCUGUGUCAGAUGAAGCACUGGAAGCCUUGUCCAGUAGCCUAGGAAAGAGGGAACCUGAUCCAGAUGAGAAAAAGCCUGCUGUGGACAAAGUUAAGGAAAAAACCAAAAAGGAGCAACACAAAAAACUGGGUGAAGAAGAAGAAACAAUUCCUCCAGAGUACAGAUUAACAGAAGCCAAAGAUAAAGAUGGAAAACCACUCCUACCAAAACCAGAAGAGAAGUCACAGCCUAUGAGUGAAAAUGAUCUUUUAGAGGGUUUGACAGAAGGAUUUUCCUGUUCUCCAUCACCACCUGCACAAUUACCUACAUCAACUGUACUAAAGAAAGCCAAGGAUGGUGUCAAGCCCGUGAAUUCCUCAGAUGUGAUCUCUGCUGCUACUGUUUCCUCAGUGCACUCAGCAGCUCCUGCACCUUCAGCCUCAGGAGGAAAAGAGAUGGAUGAAGCCUUGGAUCUCCUGUCUGAUUCCCUAGGACAGAGGGAACCUGACCCUGAUGAGAACGAACCAGUUGUUGAUAAAGUGAAGGAAAAGGCUAAAUCUGAAUACAGAGACAAACUUGGAGAUAGAGAUGAAACAAUUCCACCUGACUAUCGAAAACUUCUGGAGUCAGGUGAGCAGAGUAAACCAGCAAAGCCAACAGCAAAGGAUGACGUGAAACACAAAGGGAAGAAGAAACCUACGGAUGACAGUGCAACUAUUGAUGCCUUAUCAGGUGACUUUGAUACUUGUGCAAAGGCUCCUGCUACUACACCCCAGCACUCAAAGGACAAAAGUGGAAAGGAAGCUACGACCACUAAACCAAGCUCAAAGGAUAAAGGAAAGCCCAGAGACCCUAAAACGGCAAAGGGACAAUCCUCCAGCAGCAAAUCUGAGAAGCAGAAAACAAGCUAAACGUUAACCUUACCAGGGUCCUUCUGCAUCGUGUAAAACGUCGUCUUUCUGUGGGUGGAUGAUUCUUCUUGAAGAACAAAAGCUGAUGCCUAAAGUACAUAGUUAUUCUGGGUGGUUUUUUUACGGUGAUACUUGCUGGACUUUUUCUCAUAUUUUCUUUUUUCCCAGUAGUAGACUCAGGUGGUUUGUUUCUUUCCUCCAGCAGUUCAGUUUAUUAAGACUCAUAUAAUGUCUGACUUUAUUGUAAUUUCCUUCAGCAUUCAGGGGGAAAGAAUGCUUUCUAUUUGCAGGAAAUAUAUUGCAUCAAUGAAGAGCUAUGCCAAAAAAAAGAAAAAAAAUCCGCAGACUUUUGCACAUAAUCUCCACAUAGUGCCUGUAAAUUUCUGAGGACUUCAUAUGUGCUAGCAUUUUUUAACGUUGCAGUGAAUGCAUCAAGUAUUCUGGAAUAUGGUGAGCUUUAGUUACCGUCAGCUGAGCUGUUCAGCAUUCUGCUCAGGCCAGCUCCUGAUGGGAAACUGUAAGCCAGCUGUGGGGUGGCUAAAGAAUGAGAAACUGGGGAUUAGCUGCUUCUUCCAGCAUGUCUGGACAUCAAGCAGGUAUUUGGGAUGCUGCCUUUAGCCAUAGUUAAAACACACUAGGGCAGGACUUCUUUUUAUUAUUAUUAUUAUUAUCAUUAUUUCCAAUUGUAUCUGUAUUGUUAUCUCAUAAUUUCAGGAGUCUCCUGGACUGGAUAAAUAACAAAUGUAACAGCUACCAACACACAGCAAGGGUGGGGAAAGAAAGGAGGGGCACAAGCCUCAGCAGCGAUCAAAGCUCAGAUCCAGGGGUGGGCUCCUUUUUAUCUUUAUUUUGCACUGUUUCUAGUCCUCCCGUUCCUGGCACCCCAGCAGGGAAUGCAGGGAUGGGGCUGAAGGUGAUGCUGCAGAGACCAGAGCUCCAUUUCUCCUGUUCCUUGCCAGGACAGGCACGGCCAGGCGCCUCUUGCGGUCCUGGGCUGCCACCAGCUCUGUGGGUUUUUCCUCUGCCUCCCUGCCCUGCAGAACAUUCUUCUGCACAUCCUGUGCAAAGGGAGGCCACUGGCAGCAGAGCCCAGGGUCUGCUGCAGGCAGGGAUGGUGCAGGGACUGAAGUUGGGGAUAUUUAGACUUGUGACUGUACUUGCAGUCUGCACCGUGCCACUCCAAUAAAGUUUUUAAGGAUACACUGUG